AUGGAUAUCCUCUCACCUCUGGCCGAGUCCCCCUUCAACACCACUGCCACCACGACCGCCAACCCCAUGCCGACCACCGACGGUGCUACCACCACUGCCACUGGCGGCCUCCGCCGAAAGAACACCCUCAAGGCUUACCUAGCCAACAAGAACAAGCUCAAAGAACGUCAGGCCAUCAAUGUCAUCGUCGAUCCCUCCGUCCUCCAGCGUGAAGACUCGUCCGGUUCAGAGCACGAAGGCGAGUCCAAGACGCCCUUCUCACCCAACAGCCCCACCAACUUGAUGUCGCCCAUCGGCGGAAAGAGGAUCGAUACAGACCUAGAGUCGUUGGACGACGAAAAGAAGGCGAUCGAGGAUCAACUCGCCGCUAUCACCCAACAGUUGAACGGCAAGUCGCCCUCCUCCUCUACCCCCUCAUCACCCACAGCUGCAGGAGCCACAUCAAACAUCACAGGAGCAACAUCAGGAAGCCCGUUCGAGGCAGCGGAUGAGGCAGCGUUGAUCGAGAAGCGGACAAGACUCUGUGCAGAGCUCGACUCUAUCAUCAAGAGACGCCGGGAGUUGUUGCAGAGCUGGGCACGCGACUACAAGAACCUCAAGCGGUCCGGAUCCCUGGCCAAACGUCAAGAGGAUCAUUUCUGGGUCACCACCGCCUAA